CCGGCUGUCAAACAUGGCCCCCUCCUACUGGGUGUGAGAGCAGAGACAGCUGACAAAGAAGAGAAAUCCAUGAAAGAAGACGGCACCGAUUCAAAUCAGAAACGCAGCCUCGUCCAGAUAACACUGCACUGAUGUGACUUCCUCAGAGAGUGAAAUAUGCCUGCCAAAUGAUGAAGUGUGCCAGAGAGAGGAACUGACAGAAGAAGGCCUUCGUUGUUGCAGACCAUCUGUUCAGCUCAACCCUCCUCCCUGCCUGCCUCGCUCCACCCUGCAGCCAUGCAGAUCAAUCCAGUGUACGUGGAGUCAAGUGUGGUUCUGGCUGUGGUGAUGUGUGUUCACAUGGCGGUCUGGAACCAGCACUCCUGGUCCUGCAUAGCCCUCUUCAUCCAGGCGUUCUACGUCCAGCACAAGUGGGACCGCCUGCUCAGGUCGGGCGGCGCCGUUUUCCAGUUCCGUCCCUCAGCGAGCAGCGGCAUCGUCCCCGCCUCCAUGGUGAUGCCUUUACUGGGCCUGGUACUGAAAGAAAAGUGCUCUGCCUCAGGGAAUGUCUACUUUGAGCGCUUCUCCAUGGUGGUCACCAUCACAGGCAUGAUGCUGGCUCUGUUUCUAUCCCUGAUUGUGCUUGGCAUCACAAGACCCGUACCCACAAACACUUGCAUCAUUGCAGGCAUGGCUGGCAGCGCGAUUCUCUACACAACCAAACAGACGCUGACAGUGUCCGAGGUCAUCGAGGUCCUGGAGGUGCUGUUGAUCUUCGUGUAUCUCAGCCUCAUUGUACUUUACCUGCUGCCACGCUGCUUCACGCCUGGAGAGGCGCUCCUCAUCGUAGGUGGAAUCAGUUUCAUUGUCAACCAGCUCAUUAAACGCUCCCUGAACCUGGCCGAGGUCAAAGGUGACCCUGUUAACUAUUUCCUGCCGGUCAUAGUGGUAGGCUCCCUGCUGCUGGGCGUUUUCUUCGCCCUGCUCUUCUGCUUCAUGGAAUCCGAGACCUGGGUGUCAUCGCUGUUCUUCCACAUGAUGACGGCCGUUUUGGGCCUGGGGAUCCUCAUGCCAUGGCUCUCCUUGUUCAUCGGGCGGCACCCCAUUAUGUGGCUGCUGGACUUUGCCACGUUAAAUGACAGAAGACUCUGUCUGCGGUACUGGGUGUUUCUAGCUGUCGUAGCAACUUGUGUGGUGUUACACCAGAACCACCAGCGACAGUCAGGGUCCAAAAAGCAUCAGGCCUCCACGGUUGUCAGGAAGUACUUCCAUCUGAUUGUAGUGGCUACGUAUGUUCCAGGGCUGAUAUACGACAGGCAGCUUCUCCAUGUGGCGUCUGUGGGCUGCUUGGCAGCUUUCCUGUUCCUGGAGUACGUGCGUUACUUUCGGAUCAGACCACUCGGCCAGCUCCUGAGGCAGGUGCUCACUCUAUUCCUUGAUGAACGAGACUCUGGGCCUCUGAUUCUGACCCACGUCUACCUGCUGCUGGGUAUGUCUCUACCUAUAUGGUUGUUCCCUGGACCCUGCGCCCCAAAGGGGGUACUUCCUGGUGCAGGCGGUCUGGUGCCUUAUGCAGGAGUGCUGGCCGUCGGGGUGGGUGACACUGUGGCAUCCAUAUUUGGCAGCACCAUGGGGGAGAUCCGUUGGCCUGGCACAAAGAAAACCAUGGAGGGGACUGCGACAUCAGUGUUUGCCCAGAUCAUAGCGGUGGCUAUGUUCCUCAUCUUUGAUGGGAGCAUCAAUCUGAACUCUAGCUACUCGUGGAUUGUUGGUUCUGUCACUCUGGUGGCAAUGCUGGAGGCCUAUACCUCCCAAAUAGACAACCUCCUUCUCCCACUCUACCUCUUCAUCCUGCUGUUGCUUUGAGCAGAAAGAUGGCGCGCACAAAAAAAAACAAAAAAAACAGAUCCACUCUGCUGUCCUCUGCUCUUUUAAUGGGGGGGGGGAUAAAAGGAACGAUGACUUCAGAAAAAAAAG